AUGUCGCCAGCGCAGGACCCCGCGACGGGGGGAUCCGGCAACACCGCAUCGCGUGCUCGCCAUGCGCACUCGCUGUCCGGCGCUAUGGCGACACGGCCGCGGCGGACCACCGCGCAGAGCGACAUCCACGAGACGAUUCUGCACCCGGGAAAUGUGAAGAUCAACGUGCAGGGCGCAUUCAUCGUCAACGAGGAGCAGCCCGGCACCCCGCAGAGCGAAGACUACGAGCACGACCCCAAAGACAUCAGACUGCCCAACCACACAGCCGUCGUCAGCCACAUCGCAGUCGAUAUCGGCGGCUCUCUUGCAAAGCUCGUCUACUUCUCCCGCGAACAUGGCGACGACUCCCUUGGCGGCCGGCUGAACUUCCUCAAGUUCGAGACGGACAGAAUAGACACGUGCAUAGACUUCAUGCGCAAGCUGGUGUCUGACCACCGAGACAACGGGACAGACCCAAGCGACUUGUGCGUCAUGGCGACUGGCGGUGGGGCCUACAAGUACUACGACAAGAUCACAGAGGCGCUGGGCGUCGAGGUCAUCAGGGAAGACGAGAUGGAGAGUCUGAUCACAGGCCUCGAUUUCUUCAUCAACGAGAUCCCCGACGAAGUGUUCACCUACAGCGAAGACCAGCCCAUGGAGUUCGUCGCUCAUCCACCCGACCCACCGAACAUCUACCCCUACCUACUCGUCAACAUUGGCUCGGGUGUCUCCAUGGUCAAAGUCUCGGGCCCGCGCCAAUUCGAGCGUAUUGGCGGUACAUCCUUGGGCGGCGGAACGCUCUGGGGUCUCUUGUCCAUGCUGACAGGCGCGCGAAGCUUCGACGACAUGCUACGGCUCGCCGAGAAGGGUGACAACUCGACCGUCGACCUGCUUGUUGGUGACAUCUAUGGGCAAGCAUACAACAAGAUUGGACUGAAGAGCACACAUAUUGCCUCUUCGUUUGGCAAGGUGUACAAGAUGAAGCGCGCCGCUGAGAGAGAUGCAGAGGAUGGGUGCAACGGCGACUUCAAGCGCCGCGAGGAAGAGGAGCAUGUCCAAGGCUCCUCGGAGCUCCAGCACUCGCCCGGUGGCUUUGCGCCAGAGGACAUUUCAAGGUCGCUCCUUUACGCCGUUUCGAACAACAUCGGUCAGAUUGCGUACUUGCACGCCGAGAAGCAUGGGCUCGAGCGCAUAUACUUUGGUGGCUCGUUCAUCGGCGGCCAUUCACAGACCAUGAACACGCUCUCAUACGCUAUUCGUUUUUGGUCCAAGGGAAGUAAGCAGGCCUACUUUCUGAGGCAUGAGGGCUAUCUCGGCAGCGUCGGCGCGUUCCUAAAGAGGCAGCCGAGGAACUGGGGGAGGAGGGAAAGCUUCCAGGGGACAAGGCCUACGGCCUGA